AUGCCGCAAACCAUGAAUUUGGCCACAGUUGAUGACGAAUACGGCGUACUCAAUCGGACGGUGAUAUAUCGUGGUUUGUCCAAUGAUAACGGCAUUAUUUACGUGACACAACGUUUCACGCGCAAUUAUAAGAACCUGAAGGCCAAUCCAAAGGCGUGCUUUACAUUCUAUUGGCCAAAGCUGAUGGUACCGGCCGAAGGUGCUGAACCGUGUGUCUGGCAGGUACGUGGUUUGGGCGCCACCGCUACGGAGCUGGCUGAAUCGGAAUUGGACGCCCUUUGGUCUGAGGAGGUGCUUGCCACUCGCAUACGUGCUUUGGUCUUUCCCUGCGGCGAGCCGGUUGAGUAUGAGGAGCUUAAAGCCAAGCACGAUGAAUGCCUCAGACAGCAUUUAAGCAGCGGUAGACCACUCGAGCGCCCAGACACCUACACGGCAUUCAAAUUUCAACCAGAGCGCUGGGACUUCCUAAAAGCAGGAGUUGGAGCAAUUGCGGAUCGGGUACAAUAUCGUCGGCAGGACAAUGGGCAAUGGCUGGCCAUGCAUGUGGCCACCUAA